CGGGCGAUGCUCCCGGCGCUGACCUUGGCCGGUUGGAGUGGCUCGGUGUGGCAGUGCCAGCGCUGCAUCCCCUGCUUGCUCCCAGCGUAGAGCUGUUGGGUUUUGCCUCUUUGGCCGUGGAGGAGUCUGGACCGGGAGCCACUGGAUUUGGCAUGUGCGGCUUUGGCCCCGCUCUCUUCUGGCAAGGGGAUGGUUUGGCACCGGGAAGAGCCAAGGGCGCUGGCCAGGCUCCCAUUUCCAUCAUUCCCUGGAGAUUUCCUGCUCCUCUGGACCUGUUGGAUGGGAGCGUGCGGGGCAGGGAGGGACGUGAGCGUCUCGGUCGAUGACUUGGCUUGCCGGAGGGUCUUUGCGGUGAUGCUUUGCCGACUCCGUUGCCUUUUGGCUUGGAAGACGCAGCUUUGCUGGUGAUGGGCAAACCCUGCAAGUUCCUCUCCGGAGCUGUGGCAGGGUGGAACAGCUCCCGUUCACCUCCGGACCUCCGUCUUGGAGGUCGUGCCUUCAUGCUGGAAGAGAAGCCCUGCAGAUGGGCAAGCAAUGGGUCCAAGCCUGUGCUGUGCUGAUGGAGGAAUCCUUCCCUCUCCCUUUCCCUGCGGUAGGAAUCUCCCGAGCUGGGAGCCCGGAGCGACCAGCUGGCCUUUGGAAAAACAACUCCCUUCCUCCCGCUCCUCCAUGGAGAGGCUGGCGUUGGUGGGAGGGCUGCCUGAGCCAGGAACAACGUGAUUCAGGAGCUGCUGGCGGGCAGCUCGGAGCGCUGCCUGCAUCCCAGUUUCUUGUUGGAGGGCUCUGAAGGCACCGGGAUGGUACCCCCUGCUCUGUGGGGAGGGCGAUGCCAGCCUGCCCGGGGUUACUGGUGCGCUGUGGGGUCGGGCUGAGGGCACAGCACCCUGGCAGCACUCUCCAGGUGCAGGAGGUCUCCUCUGGGACGGGUUUGGUGCUCCAGUUCCCACCACAGCUGCUCGUUCGGCCCCGUGGCACACAGAGAGAGCUCACGGGGAGCGCACAGGUAGCUGCUGGUCGUUGCUGGGAGAUGAUGCCUCCCACGAGGCAGCUGCCAACACUGGAUGCUCAACACUGGGCUGGUGGUGAUUAGAGGGAGAGGGCACAGGGGACCCCCAGGUGGAAGUGGGUGACCUCAGGGAAAUAAUUUCUUCCCUGCUCCAUCUCCGUGCCUCUCAGAGCACCAGCCUGUGCUCCCACGUUCUUGCUGAGCCGCUGCCCAGCCAAGGCACAUUCCCACCUGUGCCAUUCCAGGGAGCAAGGACCCCCCCAUGGGGCUGCUGUGGGGCAGCAUCCCAUGCAUGCGUUCCCCUUGGGAUGCCAGGGCAGCUGCCUGCCUGCCUGGGGACGGUGGUGGUGGUCCCACAGGACACCCCUUGUGCCCAGGAACAGGGUUCCGAGUCCCCAUCUUGCUGUGAAUGGGGCACCAAGCCGCCCCUCAGAGCUGCUAAUCCUUCUCCUCGAUGGCCCCGCGUGACCUUGAGGCAUGUCACUUGACCUGCGCGUCGCCCUCCAUCCAUCUGGAAAAUCGGGUUUAAAAAACAGGAAUCGCUCUGAAAGCCCAGAUGCUGCUUUCCAGCUGGGGGAGGGGGUGAGGGCUGUGCUCCCAGCCCUGGGGCUGCCCCGCACCAGGGGACAGGAGGAUGCUUUUGGGGAGCUCUGGGUACCCCAUGACAGGCAGAGGGACUGGGUUUGUAACGGAGGGUGCAACCCCCACUGAGAUAUUUAGGGGGCUGUGGUGGUGGGGGACAGGCGAUCUCCCAGCACCCCACACCCUGCCCUGGCAGCUGGGGUCCCUGCAGCACAUUGUCCCUGUCCCUCACUCUGGGCUGCAGUCACCCCCCUCUUCAUUUCAUGGUGAUGGCUGCCUGCUCUCCUUCCCUGCUGGCCUCCAUAUGCCACGCUGGUGGCCUUGUCCUCAGAGAUCCCUGCCAUAUCCCGCCUCCACCAAUGUGAGCGGGAUGUGUCAGAGCACAUCUCAUCUCAGCUCAGCAGGGAGGAGAGGUCCACAGGCUCCGAGCCUCGCGCCUGCUCCCUCAGCCAUCCCCAUGGGGGGACAGGGAUGGGGAUGAGGUCCAGGGCUGGGGGCAGCAUUGGAAAUGGAUAGUGGUGCCUCUGUUAGCAGGCUGUGGGGCAAUGGUGGGUCAGGACAGGAUCCCCUCUCUGCCCCUGGGCAUGGGUGUCCACUGUGCUGGGCAGGAAAGCCUUCCCAGGUGUUAAUUCCUUUGGAAACCGCUCUGCUGUGGCCACGUCCUUCUCACGAAGCACCUGCAGGAAGGGUCCUGCUUCAGCGAGUGCAGCAGAGAUGCUUGAUGCCUUCAGCUUCACUGAGUCCUGUGGCACCUUCUGCCUCUGCCCUCAGGAUCGGAGGAACUGGAUGCCCAGAUCCAGGUGCCCUCGGCUCGAGGGAGGAGCCCGAGUUCGUGACCGCUCGCGCUGGCGAGAGCGUGAUCCUGGGAUGCGACGUGAUCCACCCGCUCACGGGACAGCCCCCUCCCUAUGUCGUGGAGUGGUUCAAGUUCGGCGUCCCCAUCCCGAUCUUUAUCAAGUUUGGGUUUUACCCUCCCCAUGUCGACCCAGAGUAUGCCGGCCGGGCCAGCCUGCACGACAAAGCCUCCCUGCGCAUUGAGCAGGUGCGCUCUGAGGACCAGGGCUGGUACGAGUGCAAAGUGCUCAUGCUGGACCAGCAGUACGACACCUUCCACAACGGCAGCUGGGUCCACCUCACGGUCAAUGCUCCCCCCACGUUCACGGAGACCCCGCCGCAGUACGUAGAGGCGAAGGAGGGCAGCAGCGUCACCCUGACCUGCAUGGCGUUCGGGAACCCCAAGCCCAUCGUCACCUGGCUCAGAGAGGGAGACCUUUUGGGUGCCAAUGGCAAGUACCAGGUGAGUGACGGGAGCCUCACGGUGCUCUCGGUCAGCCGGGAGGACAGAGGUGCCUACACCUGCCGGGCCUACAGCAUCCAGGGCGAGGCUGUGCACACCACGCGCCUGCUCGUCCAAGGACCUCCCUUUAUCGUUUCCCCUCCGGAGAACAUCACAGUCAACAUCUCCCAGGAUGCGCUGUUCACCUGCCAGGCCGAGGCGUAUCCCGGGAACCUCACCUACCUGUGGUACUGGGAGGAGGAGAACGUCUACUUCAAGAACGACUUGAAGCUGAGGGUGCGGAUCCUGAUCGACGGGACGCUGAUUAUUUUCCGUGUCAAGCCAGAGGAUGCUGGAAAAUACACCUGUAUCCCCAGCAACAGCCUGGGCCGCUCGCCAUCAGCCUCUGCCUACCUGACAGUGCAGUAUCCUGCCCGCGUGGUGAACAUGCCCCCCAUCAUCUACGUUCCCAUCGGGAUCCACGGGUACAUCCGCUGCCCGGUCGAGGCGGAGCCCCCGGUCACGCUGGUCAAGUGGAACAAGGAUGGGCGUCCCCUGCGAAUCGAGAAGUACGCUGGCUGGAACCUGCUGGAAGACGGGUCGAUCCGGAUUGAGGAGGCCACUGAAGAUGCUCUCGGCACUUACACCUGUGUGCCUUAUAACGCCCUGGGUACGAUGGGCCAGUCUCCCCCUGCCCGACUGGUACUGAAGGACCCCCCCUAUUUCACGGUGCUACCAGGCUGGGAGUACAGACAGGAGGCAGGGAGGGAGCUGUUGAUUCCUUGUGCUGCUGCCGGAGACCCCUUUCCCAUCAUCGCCUGGAGAAAGGUCCUCUCGGAAACGGGGGAACCGUCUGCCUUGCCACGACCGGAGAGACCAGAUCCCCUGCCGGUGGCCGGCGGUGUCCCCUGGGCCGCGCAGGUAGGGAAGCCCAGCAGGAGCAAGCACAACACGCUGCCCGGCGGGACCCUGCAGAUCCGCUCCCUCGGCAAGGACGACCACGGCGAAUGGGAGUGCGUCGCCACCAACAUCGUCGCAAGCAUUACUGCCAGCACCCACCUGACCGUCGUAGGGACAAGCCCUCACGCCCCGACCAGCGUGCAUGUCGUGGCCGCCAUGACCUCAGCCAACGUCUCCUGGGAGCCCGGCUACGACGGUGGAUAUGAGCAGACUUUCUCAGUUUGGUACGGCCCUCUGAUGAAGAGAGCCCAGUUUGGACCCCAUGACUGGCUGUCUCUCCCUGUGCCAGCUGGUUCCAGUUGGCUACUGGUGGAUACCUUGGAACCAGAGACUGCUUACCAGUUCAGUGUCUUGGCUCAAAACAAGCUGGGCACCAGCUCCUUCAGUGAGGUGGUCACUGUGAACACUCUAGCAUUCCCUGUAACAACUCCAGAGCCUCUGGUGUUGGUUACCCCACCGAGGUGCCUAACAGCCAACCGGACACAGCAAGGCGUCCUCCUGUCGUGGCUCCCUCCUGCCAACCACAGCUUCCCCAUCGACCGCUACAUCAUGGAAUUCCGCGUGGCGGAGAAGUGGGAGAUCCUGGAUGAUGGCAUCCCGGGCUCUGAGAACGAGUUCUUUGCCAAGGACUUGUCCCAGGACACCUGGUACGAGUUCCGUGUGCUGGCGGUCAUGCAGGAUCUCAUCAGCGAACCCAGCAACGUCGCUGGCGUGUCCAGUACAGACGUUUUCCCUCAGCCUGACCUGACGGACGAGGGCCUAGCCCGCCCGGUGCUGGCUGGCAUCGUUGCCACCAUCUGCUUCCUGGCUGCUGCCAUCCUCUUCAGCACACUCGCCGCCUGCUUCGUCAACAAGCAACGCAAACGCAAGCUCAAGCGCAAGAAAGACCCUCCUCUCUCGAUAACCCACUGCAGGAAGAGUUUGGAGUCCCCGUUGUCUUCCGGCAAGGUGAGUCCUGAGAGCAUCCGCACACUCCGUCCCCCCUCGGAGUCCUCUGACGACCAGGGCCCGCAGGCCAAGCGGAUGCUGAGCCCCACCAAGGAGAAGGAGCUCUCCCUUUACAAGAAGACCAAACGAGCCAUCAGCAGCAAGAAGUACAGCGUCUCCAAGGCAGAGGCCGAAGCUGAGGCCACCACCCCGAUCGAGCUCAUCAGCCGCGGGCCGGACGGACGCUUCGUCAUGGACCCGGCGGAGAUGGAGCCCUCCCUGAAGACACGGCGGAUCGAGGGCUUCCCCUUCGUGGAGGAGACGGACAUGUACCCUGAGUUCAGGCAGUCGGACGAGGAGAACGAUGACCCCGUCGUCCCCACCUCUGUGACCGCCCUGAAAGCCCAGCUCACCCCUCUCUCCUCCAGCCAGGAGUCCUACCUUCAGCCACCAGCAUACAGCCCCCGGUUCCACCGGGCGCUGGAGGGUCCCGGCACCCUGCAGGCCACUGGCCAGGCCCGCCCACCGGCCCCCCGGGCUUUCCACCACCAGUUUUACGGUUACCUCAGCAGCAGCAGCCCCGGGGAGGUGGACCCACCGCCCUUCUACAUGCCAGAAGUCAGCCCACUGAGCUCGGUCAUGUCCUCCCCGCCGCUGCCCCCCGAGGGGCCCUUCGGACACCCCACCAUCCCCGAGGAGAACGGGGAGAACGCCUCCAACAGCACGCUUCCCCUGGCCCAGACCCCCACGGGGGGCCGGUCCCCCGAGCCCUGGGGCAGGGCCGAGUUCCCCUUUGGCAGCCUGGAGCUGGCCCCUGCGCCGUUCCCCCACCAGCUCCAGCCCUGCGAGGCAGCCGAGGGCUCCCAGCCCACGGGCUGCCUUCCUCGGGGGCCACCCCCCUCCUCCCUCCAGGUGGUCCCCGCGUCCUACUCGGGCAUCCUGCCCCUGGAGGCACCAAAGAGCUGGACCGGCAAGUCACCGGGCAGGGGUCAAUCCUCCGUGCCCACUACCACCAAGUGGCAGGACAAACCUAUGCAACCCAUGGGAUGUCAAGGGCAGCUAAGACAUACCAGCCAAGGUAUGGGCAUACCCGUGUUGCCUUACCACGAACCGUCCGAGCCCGUCGGCCCCAGCGGCACAAGCACAUUCAGCCUGGACACCAGGUGGUACGAGCCCCAACCCCGACCUCGGCCCAGCCCUCGGCAGGUCAGGAGGGCUGAGCCCAGUUUACAUCAGGUGGUGCUACAACCUUCAAGGCUUUCUCCUCUGACCCAAAGUCCCCUGAGCUCCCGCAACAGCUCCCCGGAGCUGACCGCCCGCGCCCGGCCCCGCCCGGGGCUCAUCCAGCAGGCGGAGGUGUCGGAGAUCACGCUGCAGCCGCCCGCGGCCGUCAGCUUCUCCCGCAAAUCCACGCCGUCCUCCACGGGAUCUCCGGCGCCAAGCAGCCGCGGGGACAGCCCCAGCUUCCGACCGACCACCGCCUUCACCCCCGUGGGCACCGGCUUCUCCAACUCCCAGGGCUCCUCCCUGCCCGUGGACACCAUGGAUGUUUUCGGAGACAUCCCUUCUCCGAGGAGGGCUGGCGAGGAGAUUCUCCAACCGGAGCCGACAUCCACCACCACGGUAGCCGCCACGGGCUAUCUGGGCAGUGUUGUCGAGACAAGCUUCUCCUCAGCUCAAUAGCCCGGCCCCGUUGCCCUCGCCCUCUCUCCUCUCCGUCAGCAUGGUGGUGAAGUCCGUUGUGUAGAUGAGUUGUGGUGUCUACAAACCUGUAGAAGGGCCCCCCUUCUCCGGUGUGCUCCCCGCUGUGACCAGCCCCUUCCUCCCUCCCUCCUGGCGGUGCCUUGGCAGCAGCAGCAGCCCUGGGCUGGGGCCGUCACCGCGGUGUUUCUCUGGCACCCCUUGUGCUGAAGGAUCCCAAGCGUUCUGGGAUGGAGGCAGCAGCCAGCGCUGCCUCGGAGCAGAGUGGGAAUUCUGACUUGCAGGAGCCUCUUGUAGGAGAGUUGAGCUCUUCAUGUGAGGAGGAUGAAGGGUUGAAGGACGUGGUGGGCUCCUUUCAAGUGGAUACUCUGCUUUAUCCAAGUGGAUGCUCUAACAUGCCCAAACGAUUCCUGGAUGUCAAUGUCUUGGCUCAAGGAGAGGAGGAGACAGGGAAUGUGUGCUGACACCUCCAUGAGGUUAAAUAUAUAUAAAUAUACGUAUAGUGUCCUUGAAUCUCCUGGACCCUUCCUUUAUAUGGGUUCCCCUUUUGGGUGGAAAGAGGCCAGUGGUGCUCUCAGGGGUCUUCUCCCUUAUAUCUUUGCUUUGUACAUGGAAGGACAUUUGAAGAAGAGCAGCUGAGAUGUGUGUUGGGCUGGAUACUUCUUCUCCCCUGCUUCCUUUUCCUGUCCUGGGACUCUUGGACAUCCUUCAGUACCUUUGUGGCCUCUCCAGUACCUCCCAGUCCAUGCAGUCCAGACACUUGCUCAUGCAGAAGGGUUUUCCUUUGAAGACUUGAGGAAAACUGCUGCUCCAGGUGUUGGUGCUGCCUGGCAGAAGGUUUGUGCCAGGAGUUCACGUGAGCUUCUCAAAGCUCCUUUGCUUGGCUCUACACUGAAGUUUCCAGAAGAAGUUCACCCGCCUCACUGAACAUCUCAUCUGUUGGCAUUCAAGAUCCUCCCUCGUGCGUGGGCAACUGCCCAAAAUGUGAACUCUGGGGGCAGGAAGAGGCUUUUGGCUGAGCUUAAAAUGAAAAUUAAUUUGCAGGAAUCGGAGCCCUUUGAAGAGAUAAAGGGCGGGUAGAGCAGAUAAAAUUUGGCUGCUGAGUAGCAUCGUUUUGUCCUCUGUAUCUCUGCCUUGCCAGAGGUCAGACAGUAUUUGUGGUGACACAUGGGUUCAGUGCACUCACUGUUUAUGUUUGUGUGUAUAAAUACGAGUCCAAUUACGGAGAACUAGUGGAAAUGAGCUUCAGGCAAUUUCCUCAUAAUCCCUCGUGUAAAUCUGUCUAAUUUUGUCAGCAUGCCACAAUAGCUUCUUCCUAGAAAGAAAAAGAGUGGAAAGAGCAGGAGACUUUUACCAGCUGAGCUUUAAUAACAGCGGCAAAGCUGUCUGGGUGGUGGGAAGAGGUGGAAGAAGGCAGCUGCUGGUGGGCAGGAUGGUGGCAGGAUCACCGAGCUCGGUGGUGUCCAGGGCUUGGCACACGUGAGCUCCGUGGGCAAUGCAGCUGGAGCAGCUGAAGUCACUGUUAGCCAGGUACCUGCAGAAAUGUAACUCCUGUGCAGCCCCAGAAUGGUGGCUUUAAAUGGGAAAAGCCUGUUACUGGCCGUUCAGGCAGGAAUUGCUGCAGGGAAUGCCGUGCUGUGACCUGUGGGUCGCUGUGCUCCUGCCUUCAGCCAGCAUGAGCAUGGCUGGCUGUGUUGGUUCCUCUCAGAGGGUAGAGCUGCUGCUGGCAGCACCUCUCACAGGAGGCUGGUUGCACUUGGGAAGGUGUUUGAGCUCUGCAAAUGUAAACGUCGUCCUCCUGACAAGGAAAAGCUUGGAUCCAGCCAGCGGGACUCCCAGCAUGUCUAAUGAGCUGCUUCAUCUUCGGCUGAUGUGAUGCUCUGCUGGGAGCUGCAACAGAGGUUUUCUGGGAGCUGGAACAGAGGCUCUCCGGGAGCUCUCCGUACCUUGACGUCUUUGUUGCGUUGGAAAACAUGAAAAGGAGCUCUUCUGUGCCCAGUGUUUGGGUUUCUGUUGCGUCUGCUGCACCUCAGCUGCUUCUUCACCUCACGCUGUACUUCCCUGGGUGCUCUCCGAUGCUGCCAGCGGCACUGAGAAGCUUCGCAAUCACACUCAUCUUCAAAAAAACCGAAAACCCUUCUGCUCCCCAAGGGGAAAAAUCUCCUGGGAGCUCCUUGCCUGUGCACUCCAGCUGAAAUUUCACCGCCCUGGAGACGCUUGGGAUGACGGAUGGGAAGCGCUGCUGUCGCACUGUGCUCUGCAGUGGUGGCACACGUGGGCACCCACGGGGGAAAGCCUGCAGGGUGUCUUCAGUGCCAGCCAGGCUCUGCCUGAACCCCAGGGGAGAUGAGGAGCUCCAAACUCUCUGUGGGUGGGUGUACUCUGGUACCACAGCCCGAGACUGUAGGGUCUGUGCUCCAGCCCGUGUUCUUGCCCUUCCCUGCUGCUCUGGCCAGCAGCCACGGUGUUUUUGCAAUGCUGGAUGGGGCACACCAUGCUGACAGACAGGGUGAUAUCAUCCUCAGUGGUUCUGUGCUGAAGCAGGAGUCCGAAGGAACUGAUGUUGCCUCUUGCAGCCAGCUGAGGUGGCUCCGCCUGCCCUCCUCCUGCCUGUGGCUUGCGGGGUUUGCUGAUCCCUGCCCCGGUCACAGACCGAUGCAGGAGCUGCCGUCAGCACUGUCCUCUGUGUGGCUCUUGUGACCAAGUUGUGAGAGCAGAAGAGUCGUCUCCUUCUCUGAAGGGUGCAGGCAGGCUGGUUUAAAUCUCCUUUCCUCAUUGGAGCCUGGCUUAAAGCAUUGGCUUUAUCGCAGUGAAAGGUGCUUUGUGGAGGCUUCCUGUCAUUUCUGGACACCUUGUCUGCAGGUGGCUUGGGUUUAUCCCAGGUUAUCAUCUGUGGCCUCAGACUUCUUCUGUGGCAUUAGGAGUUGGUGACUCUUGGAGGAUUGUGGAAGUUAAAUGCAGAGGGGGAAGGAGAUGGGAAAGCAGCAAGAAGGGGGAUGCUGUGAUGUGUUGUAGAUAAGAGCUGGACUGCCCGCUCUCCUAAGGAAAAGGUUUUCCUCUAAUGCUCUGCUCUCUACAGCAGUCAUGCUUUCCAGGCCUUGGAUGGGAAAAACAGGUACAGUGAAGGAAAUAAAACAAAAAAUCUCUUUGCAAAGGGGAGGAUACUGCACCUUGAGCUGGUUCCUGUAGAAGAGUGCCUCAAGGGGUACAGCUGAUAAAAUAUCCCUUGCACCCUGCUGGCUCUCCUGCAGGAAGCACCCCUUUGCAAAUCCCCUCCUUGUCCUCGCAAUAAAACCUUGUCAGUGUUUCCAUUUCCAGCUCCCAGCCUCUCACUGUUCCAGGAGCAGAUGCUCCCGUGCUGUCGCGUUUCUGUUGUCGCUUCUCACAGGGACCUGGGAACGAGGUACCUGUCCCGGCUCUGUCGGUGUGUGCCCUUGGUGUCCCUGUCUGUCAUGUGGCCCCUGGUUUUUCUGGCUGUGGGAGCAGGGCCAGCAGGAUCCUGGCUCCCUGCUGUUUGUGGCGCCGGUGUUGUCUGCCCCGGGUGGCUCGUGGUGCCCGUCUCGAUGCUGCCGUGCCGCUUCUGCCUGUCUCUUUCUCUCUCUCUCCAUCCCAAGGGGUUUCCUACCACUUCCCAGAAAUGCCUUAUCGGACAUAGGAUCUGCCCCGUCCUGUUUUGUUUAGCAGUGUUGGCAUGGCAGGCAGGUGAGCUGGGGGUGCCCGUGUUGGACGUGGCCGGUGGCACCGGCUGGGGCACGGCGCCGCUCGGAAACCUGAAGGAGACGUAGGGGGACAGCGGGGACGCCUCACUUCCUCCAUCCCGCGCUCUGGCACGCCUGGCUGGCCCUGCUCCCUCGGCCCUGGGUUUCUCACCUCUUCCUUUUCCACGGCAGAGCCGGCUGGGAUCGGCCGAUCCCCCACCGGGGACGUCCAGAGGCUCGAGCGUGGCCGGGAGCCGCUGACGGCGCGUGUCUGCUUUUCCU